AAUAAUUAUUUAAAUUAAUCCACAUUCCACAUAAUAUCGUACAAUUAGUAAACAAAUUCCGGCUUACUCAUUCUUAUUUUUAUCAUACAAAAUAAUAAUUAUUAUUGUUAUUUUUGUUUACGUUAAUAUAAAUUAGAUUAAUCACUUGUUGCCUGUUUUGGUGUUUUAACUUUGGCUCCUUUUGAUGUGCUGUUUAAAUUUGUUUGGUAGGUAUUGUUCGAUGUUGGAGAGAAAUUUAAUUUGAAUUUGUUAUUAUAUUUAAUAUAUUACUAAGCUUGGAUAAAUCAUGAGUUCUACACGUAAAAGAGUAUCAUCGCCAACAACCAAAGCUGCCUUUGAUCAAGAGGAACAUAAUGGACCCAGUAAACGUAUUAAGCUAAACUCUUCACAUUCAAGCGACAUACAAACACUGAAGAAGAAAAACUUUGUCAAAGCUUGUGAGCUGGUAUCACAGAAAGCUUAUUUCAAUUAUGCUGAACGUCUGCAGUUGAUAUAUAUACCGGUUUGCUUAGAUAGAAGUUCAUGUAUGCAUUCUACACACCGAGAAAACCACAUAAGAGAAAUGCCUCAGAAAGUUAUGAAGCUUAUCAAUAUUGAAAUGGAAGCAAGCAAUUGGUGUGGAGCAUUGGAAGUCUGCAUAAUGUCAAUUACACCCACUCAGUAUCUAUCUGAUACUGCACUUAAAAAUGUUGUGGAGAUAAUGCUUAAUGCACAUGAAGACCUUGCAUCUGGUUACACUAUUCCGCAGGUGUUAGACAAAUGUACACUGGUAUUGACAUUGCAUUUUACUACGCACAACCCAUGCUUACAUGAGAAAUUAAGAAAAGUAUAUAAUGACUUUUUAACAUCACCUAUGGACAGAAAAGAAAGAACACGCACUAAUAGGACAAUGUUUAAUAGUGAAAAGGGCAUUUUGAAUUUUUGUCUAACUAGAUUGGAGUACGAAAUAGGGGCAGAAAGUGCGGACUGUGCAUUAUUGGACAAAACUGAAAAUACACCAGAAGAGUUGAGAGAAACUAUUAAAGGACUAUUUUAUCAAAAGGAACAGUUUGAUAUUUUUGAAAUGUUAGAUCGCACGGAGAGAAUAAAUAGGCUAAUGGCAGUACUACACAGUAUUAUAGAGUUGUUACAAUUUGAUCUUGCUAUUGGGCAAUCCAUUCUAAAUUCAGGUGUGAAAAAUAGAAAGCAUAAACCACUUAUGUCAUGCAUUUUGGACGAGGAAGAGGUUGCCCCAAAAGGUUGCCCCUAUAAGAAAAAUGAAAAAGCACACAAUGUUACAAUAUGUCGGCGAAUAUUUAAACUCUUUGCUUACUUUAUACAUUUAGAUUAUCCUGAACAACACAUACAUACUAUGACUCUUUGGCUGAAUUCCGUAAUGGAAAUGUUCUACAUGAAAGAAAAUCGCGCCAAUAGCGACUAUCCACAUAUACAUGCUGCCAGCGCCAGCGUCAUAAACGAAUUGUAUGACAUAAUUACAGAACUGCCUCCAAAAUCCAUUAUCAAUAUACUGGAAAGAAUAAAACCACCCUACAUAAGGCACCAGAUAAGUCAUGACUACUGUGAAAGUUUAUUAUCUACUGACGAACAUGACACUAUAAAGAUUGUAAUUUACUUUUUGAAAGAGACCAAGUGGAAUAACAUUCCUAAAUCCAAAUUGAUGGUGCUAAAAAAAUUAAAUGAGAAACGAGUAAAACCAAAUAAGCUUUUAGAACAUUUGUCUGAUAUUUGCAAAAAUGCACCUUUGAACUUGUGUCAUAAUAAAAAAGAAAUAUAUCCAAAAUUCUCCAUGCCUUCUAAUAAGUCCAAGAGUGAGCAAAGUACGAUAAUUAGUGCAUUGUAUAUAGCAUUACAAUCUUAUUUAGAGUCAUAUGGAAUACAAUCGAUACAAGAAACAUUGCAAGAACUGAAUGAAAGUUUGACACAAGGAAGUACAUCAGAAAACUCAAUUGUGGAUAGCAGUUUUAUAGUAUCAUCGUCGUAUAGUGUUACAGAUCAAUUUAUAAGGAAACACAGACAAAUUUUUGAAAUGUUAAAAGACUUAAUAUUAACAAUACAAGAAUUAGAAACUGAAGCAAAAAAUGUAGAAGUGCUUAAUAUUUUUAAAAACAUCUUCAACUAAACAAAAAAGCCUCAAUAGCUCAACAAUAAGACAGGGUGGAGUCAUCCACGAGGGGCUGUGCUUCAAUCCUCACCCCGUUGGUCUAUUGUCGUAUCCACUCCUAGCACAGUCUUUC